AUGAUGAUGGUGAUGGUUGGGGAAAAACAUUUUGGUAACAACAACGCGUUUUGGAAAAGAUCUGUGUGCAAAUCACAUUCGGCAGUAGUCCAGUUCCCAAAAAGUUUUGUUUAUAUGCGGUGCCAUAGCGUCCGACAGAGUUGGGCAAGCAAGCUUGGCCCAAGCCCCAUAAUGGCUUUUGUUCCGGAUGAUGAUGAUGAUGAUGAUGAUGUUGCUGUUGUUGAUGAUGAUGGUGAUGAUGAUGGUGAUGGUGGUGAUGCUGAUGAUUGUGAUGGUAGAUGGUUCUAUGUUUCGUGCAACUCUUCUAUCGGUCUGGUUCGGCAAAAAAACCUUCGUUUGGUUUUGGUAUUGGUAUUGGUUUUUAUUUUGGUUUAG